ACAACCUCACAAAGUCUAUCUAUAUCGUGGUGAGCAUGCGGGAAUAAUGUUCACAUCCGCAAAGGUGAUUAGCAAGUACGGAAUUAACGCGGACUUUUGAUGCAUUAUCCGAUGGUCGAUGACGAUAUAUAAGACUAAACGUUGAACCUCCAAAGCGACAAAAGAAGCACCUUAACAAACACAACAACAUAAUUCAUCCACGUCAAAACAAUGGCACCCCGCGUAUUCCUCAUCACCGGAACCUCCACCGGCUUCGGCUCCGAACUCGUCAAAGUAGUCCUCGACAAGGGCGACUACGUCGUAGCCACGGCCCGCAACUCAUCCAGCCUAUCAUUUGAAGGCACCAACGAUACCAACAGUCUCAUAGUGGACCUGGACGUCACAAAACCCGAUACAAUCGACAAAGCCUUCGAUGCCGCCGUGAAGAAAUUCGGACGCGUGGACGUGGUCGUCAACAAUGCCGGGUAUGGCUUAGCAGGCGAGUUUGAGUCGUUGUCCGAUGAGGAGGUCAAGACGCAGAUGGAUGUGAAUUUCUAUGGCGUCGUCAACGUUACUCGUAAGGCGAUGCAGGUCAUGCGGGAUUUGAAGACUGGGGGUGUUAUUCAGCAGGUUACAUCGAUUGGUGGUCUUCUUGGCGUCCCUACAUACUCCAUCUACAACGCAUCAAAAUUUGCCGUGGAGGGCUUCACAGACGCAAUCUCCAAAGAAGUCAAGCCCGAAUGGGGUAUCAAGUUCACGCUUAUUGAGCCCGGUGGUUUCCGAACCGACUGGGCUGGCCGAAGCAUGCAGUUCCAUGCCAACAAGAACUCGGCGUACGACCACAUUGACGCGAGGUCAAAUGCCGGGAAGCGACAUCACACCCAGGCUGGCGAUCCGGUCAAGGGCGCCCAGGCUUUCUAUGAAUUGGCGGUCAUGAAGGAUCCUCCGUUGAGAUGUGUUGUCGGCACUGAUGCGUAUAAGUUGAUUUCCAACAAGUUGAAGGCGGAUUUGGAGAGUGUGAAGAAGUAUGAGAAGCUUAGCAAUAGCACGGAUGUUGAUGGGUAUCAAGCACCCAACUAAAAAUGAUCGAGAUGUAGAUUCAAAGUAAAAUUCUAGAUCAUCCGCCAGGUAAUCUAAUCGAGACCGACGUCAUACAACCUCUGAUA